AUGGCGGAAAGUAUUCGCGAGAACCGGCGGAGCCUCAUAACUACCUGCAGCGCCUGUCAACAUCCUGCACCUUUUCUCCAUGACUGCCAGCACUGUCAGUUAAGCAUCUGCUCCAGCUGUUGUGCUUCUCAUUAUAGGAAGGUAGCUGUCUCCGUGCAAAAAUUGACGUGUGACUUGUUGAAAAAGAAGAGGAAGUUAGAAGCGAUACGAAAUUCACUGAAGGCUAAGUUCCUUCAUCAGGAGUCUCAUUUGCGGGAUGGCAUUGAAGAAGCGGUGCUGCGGCUUAAAGACGCCUCCGACAGGUCUUUGGACCUCAGUACCGCCAAUUUAGCCGCCUUUUUCACUGCGCAUCAAAAUGAGUUGUCAGCCCUUAAAGAGGCCAUUAUCAAUAUAGAAGAGCGUAUUGCGAAAUGUUCGCAUGAGGAAAUGCCUAUACCUAAUACGAUGGGUAGUUUGCUAGAUCUGAAGGAGGAGCUGAGUUGUAUGAAAGCGAACACGAAGAUUGUCCUUGGAGAAGCAACUAAAUGUGAGGAGCCGAAGUUACGUGUCGACCACUCGAUAGGUCUAAGUAGGGCACUGGAGACCCUGUCACUGAUCAUCACGACAGAUCAGGAAGACGAGGAUACUGAAAUCAGUUGUCAGGACGAGGUUUCAGAAGCCAGCAGUGUCAUUGGCCCUGCUUCCACGGGUAGACAAGUCUUCGUCGGUGGUGUCCCGGGGAAGGUAGAUUACAAACAGUUGAAAGAAUAUUUUUCACGCUAUGGUUCCGUGAAAAACACCUUCAUUUCACACCGAAAAGGGUUUGCGUGUAUUACCUUUGAGAGCGAGGAGUCUGUGCCCAAAGCUCUCUCCCAACGCUUUCAAGUUAUCUGCGGUGCAAGGAUGGAAGUGAAGGAGUACAUCAAGAAGAAUUGCGCCACUUCCAAGGCGGAGGUGCCCAUAGUUGCCUCAUCAUCUCCACCCUUGGUGGAACUAGAGAAGGUCUAUAUCGGUGGCAUUCCAGCAGACACGACGAGAGCCGCAUUGGAAUCUGAGCUGUCGCGAUUUGGAUCGGUAAAGAAACUUGAUAUGGUUCCUCACCGCGGCUUUGGGGUAGUAGUAUUUAAUGACCCCCAGACGACUGCACUGGCCAUCUCAAAGCGUUAUUUAGACGUGGACAGCAAGAGGGUAGAAUUAUUACCCUUUGUACCUGACAAGAAGGCUCGUGCUGCUUCGGUUCUAAAUACUUGUGAUUUUUUCUCAUCGCUCAGACGUAGCGCCUCUCAUGCAGCGACGGAGACAGCAAACAUAUCAUCAUCACCCUCAACUGCUGAAAUAUCCCCUCUGGAAGCGCAGGCAAAAGUUUUCGUGGGUGGUGUUUCAUGUAAAACAACAAUGAACUCAUUGGCAUCAGCGCUAUCGAAACUGGGUCCAAUAAAGCGAGUGGACAUUUUUCAGAAAAAGGGUUUUGCUAUUGUAGUCUUCGAAAGGAGCGUGACAGCCGACUUGGCCAUCUUUAUCCACUGGUACAUGGUUGACGAUAAGAUGGUGGAAUUGCUACCUUUCGUACCCAAUAAGAAGUUCGAAAAAUCCUCAGAUGAGCAUGAAUCCUCGCCGGUCGGGAACACUGAGAGCGUUGACGGCGCUUCUUUUGUCAUUUCACUCCUAGUGACCUUUGCACUGGACAGCACGGUUUUGGCCGUUUGCCAGAGUACCCCAGACUUAGUGAUCAUCCGAAACAAUUUGGGAAUUGAGAGAGCUUGCGUUUUAACUUUUCCCAUCUCAUCUAGUCACCCUAAUCGCCAACGUGGAGGCGCGGUUUUUGCAAAACCACAGAACAUUCAAGAAGUUCCUAAAGUCAAAGCACAACAUCUCAACGGUCAGGAGCCAGUCCUCAUUCCUCCUUGUAGUGCGAAGCAUAAAGCCAGGUUAGUUUUUCGGUCUAUCAAGCCUGCCGGUUGGUUGGGGAUGCAGUUCUCGAUCACACCUCUCUUUUGGCUUUGUAGUCAUUCUGGCCUCGCCCAUACCAGCGCUGUUAGUUCAAUUGUCAAUGCGCGGAAAUUGAUUAUCCGGGGCGCGGGUAACGGCACAACUCACGCAAACCUAAGGGAUUACUUUCACAACUAUGGCCCGGUGGACUAUGUCAAUGUUACUGGCACGGAGGCCUGGGUGGUGUUUAAGAACGAAAAAACCGUUAACUUAGUUUUGGCUACUCAACCCCACUUUAUUAGGGGCAGGCAAAUUGCACUGAGCAGACCCUAUGGAGGAGGUGGGUCUUUACUCGGGUAA